GCGGCGCACACAAUGCACUGCACGGCUGACAAGGGUUGUGUCUCCCCGAUUUUCACGAUAAAUUUCCAAUUCAGUGGAAACUUGUGAAGGGGCAGCAGCGGAGCUGAUCACCUCGUCUCUGUGAGUAUUUCCACUCCGGAAUCGGUGAGAAAAGGGAAUCGCUGAGCGGAAACCUCGGCGAGUGGUCCAACUUCUCCCAAACAUUGGAUUUACACAGCGAAGGCUGCAUGAAGGAGCUGCCCGGCCCAAUGGGGGCUUGGCCGACACCCUCGUUUAUGGAAAUCGACACCGAGGCUUUGAUAUUUGGGCCUUGAGUUUUUUCUUUAUGAUGGAGGUGGAUGGGAAGAAAAGCUGCGUAUGAAGAAGUGAAUAUUAUUAUAAUACGGGUGAUUAGUUGCUUAAAAAUCUUUCGUAUCCCUCCUGCUUCCUUUAAAAUAAUUUUGAGAUUGUUGUUUAGCCGGCUAACGCUGGCUAGCCGGAGUGCUAACGUUACGUCUUUCUUUUGAUGUGAUGCGAAUUCAACCAUUACUAUCGGCCAUUAACAUUUCGACAGCAGGAAAAUUUAUUCUCUUGGCUGCUGGACAUUAGUUAGCUCCACGCCGUAGCAUCCGGCUUGUCAGAUUUUCCAGACACGUUUUAAGAAUAUAAUUGUAUUCUUAUGUUGCGGGCUGAAUAUAUCGUAAUGUAUCGAGUUAGCCGUGUGAGCAAAAAGCUAAUCGGCUGGAAUCAACACUGAGCUAGCUAGCAGUAGCAUUAACAACUAAAACUCAACCAGACAGCUAAUUUUACUCCUUAAAUGUGGAGUAAUUUCAGAAAAAAACACUUAACGUUUCACAUUAACUCGAAAUCAUGUCACGGCAGCCGUUGUGUUAAAUGUGGGAUAUCUGGGUUAUUGGCCUCGCUAACCAGCUAACCGUAUCAUUUAGCUAAUAAAUUUGUCAGCGUGUGCAGAAAUAUAGGAAAUCCUACAGUUGUAUUGAGCAAUGCCAGCGUUGGCGUGAUUUUCAUUUUGAAAUAUAUCCAGAGGUGACUCGGCCUGUUUUGUCAGCAGCACAACUAGACUUGUCUUUUUUGUUUACAUGCGUGUAACUUAUGUGGUUGUCGGUUGAAUUUCUAGCUAGCUAGCUAACGUUAGCCUUCUCCGAGACACAAUCAGCUAUGUCCUGACAUCUGUGUGUGUGUCGUGGAUGAUUUAAAUUCCAAUGUAGAUCUAAGUUUAAUUGAAAUGACACUAAAAUUUCGCCGAAAGAAAGGCACAGAUGCCAAUGGACUGUUGUCAAAGGACGGUAAAUAAUAGCCACUGGUUUCAUUAACGCCAUUUUAACAGAGGCUCCCUGCGAGGGCCUGUGUGGUGGUGUUUUAUUUGCGGUUCGGUGCCUUCCACCGGACCGGGACUUGAAUAAAGUGCCUUUGGUCUCACUGGAGUUACAAAAGGAGGCGCCGUUUGAACAUGGAGGGCCCGAGCCGAAGCACUGGAUUCAGGCAGAGCCGACGGUCCCGUUCUCAGCGCGACAGGGAGCGGCGGAGGAGGAGAGUGGACCUGGCCGAGGAGAGGGCCACAUCCCUGUCCUCAGGCUCAGACCGGGAGGCUUGUGGGACGAACAGUGUCCUGGGUCCUGGUGGGAGAGAAUGUCGGCCCGGUUUUGGGAGACACAGGCCUCCACGCCGGAGGAAGAGAGAGUCUGUGUCCUGUGAGGAAGACAUCAUUGAUGGCUUCGCUAUUGCGAGCUUCAUCAGCUUGGAGGCACUGGAGAUGGACUGCUCACUGAAGCCCAGUCAGCGCACUGAUAUGCUGGGAAGGAGGAACAAGGGGAAGAGAGGGCCAGAGGAGAACGGUGGAGGGCCACUGUCCGAGCCGGAAGAAGGAGCCCCACACAGCUACUCCAGCAGCUGCUGGAACAAGAGCAGAAAUAAGAGACGAAAGAUAGAGGGACACCCUUUGGAGACUGGCUACAUUUGUGACACUGAGAGUGAUACAGGAGACAAGGCUUCUGACAAUGACAUGGAUCGAGUGUUCACAGUCACCACUACAAAAGUUGUGGAGCCUGCCCCCUCAAACAUGGGCACAUCCAUGGGCAAAAGCUGCCCUUCUCUACCGGCCCGCUGCGGUGGUGUCUCACGGUUCAUGGUGACCCCGCGAGUAUCUGGCCUGGAGCGAAGUCAGGAGAAAAGCCUGGAGCCGCAUUUCCCAGAGCCUGUUUCUUCUUCUACCUCUUCUGCCUCCUUCUGCCUGCCUUCCCAUUCCCCGGUCACAGCCUCAGGCACGGUCCCCAGGCCUAACCCGAUGACCAGUAAUGGCAGCCGCCACAACGGCAGCCCCCCGCUCUCCAAACACAAGUCCUUCCUCACUCUGCCUGGACGAUCUCACUCCAUCUACAACAUCAACAACAGCUUUCUCCCUUUCAGGAGCAGCACCCCAGUCAAACCUCCACCAUCUGCUUCAUCUGUUGCGUCUUCCUCAUCCUCCAUGCGCCCUCCGACUCCCUCCACCAGUGUGUCGCUGCCCCACAAUAGGGGCUCAGGAUCCUCAGGGCCCCUCCGACCCCCAUCCCGAGCCAGCUCUGGGGCCCUGUACACGUCCUCACCUGGCCUGCCUCCCCCCCCACCUCUGCUACAAGGUCCUGCCCACUCAGCAGCAGCAGAGCGCGAGGGCAGACGCAGCGUCCCAGGGGCUGAAAAUAAUGCAGCAACUGCGGGUCGCUCUACUCCGGGUGGUCCAUCAGCAUCGAGCUCGGCACCGGGUUCAUCGGGCCGGACGUCUCAGAACCAGCCGAGCAUCCAGCCACUGGCCUUCCAGUUCCAUCAGCACAACCACCAGCACCAACACACGCACACGCACCAACACUUCACGCCCUUCCUGCACCCCACAGCUACUGCACCGCCUCUGUUUGAUAAGUAUCCAGGCAAAAUGGACGGGCUGUACCGACACCCUUUCUUCCCACAAUACCCGCCGCCCUCAGUGCCAAGUAUCCAGCCUGUGAUUCCUCCCACCGGGCCUUUCAGCUCCUUGCAAGGAGCAUUUCAGCCAAAGCCUCUUGUCCCUCAGGGAACGGGUCCUGAUAUAUCUGCACGACUUGGGGUUGUGCCUCACCACCUGCAGCCCAAGGACCCCAGGCUAACUGAUCCAUUUGGGACAUCGUUGAAAGUCAGUAAUAAACCAGGAAAAUGGUGUGCUAUGCAUGUAUAUGUGGCCUGGAUGAUUCUAAGCCAUCAGAAAAAAGUAAAGCUGAUGCAGGCUGAUCCUCACAAGUUGGACUUCCGCAAUGACCUGCUGGCCCGUCUUCCUGGAGCUGGGGGACUUGGCCCCUUGGGGCCCAUAGGAGGAGCCCUUCCUCCCACUCAUGACCUGACCAGACCUCCCAGUCUGUUCUCAGCUACAGGUGCAGUCAAUCCGUCCUCAGCUCAGUUCAUCUCUCCAUCAACGCCCCACUCCUCUUUCCUCGCACCAACUGCACACUUGGAUCCGUACGGCCGAUCCCCACCCUUCACCCCGCUGGGAGCUCUGGGUUCUGGUGCCUUUGGAGGACUUGGCAGCCCAACACUGGCGGGCUCCAUGUUUGGCCCUAAAGACACACCAGCCAGUGUGGUCGGGGGCUUGUCCAACCCCAACCAUCACGACGCGUGGAACCGUCUACACGGCGGCCCGUCUGGGUUCCCCGUUGGCCCCAACUGGGUUAAAGGCUUGGAUAAGAGGGACGAGAGGGACAGAGGGAAAGAUGGAGAGAGGCGAGACAUCCCCCACAUCAAAGAUGAAAAGGACAGAGACAAUAUGCUGUAUGGCCGACAACCUGUGAGAAUGUCUCCGGUUGGCCCUCCCUUCAAGCCCCGCAGUAGCACCCCAGUCUCCCACAUUAAUGGCCACAACAGUGUCCUGGGGCCGAGCAGUGGGCCUAUUGAGGACUUGACACGCAGCUUAAGUAGAGACAGAGACCGUGAGCGAGACAGAGAGGGGGACAAGAGGCCACUGCCAACAGUGUCUUCACGAGCACCUCCUCUUGGCUCUUCGUCUUUAGUAGCAGACAGGGACAGACCACGGUCUUCCUCAUCUUCUGUUCUCACUACUCCCCCUCCCUCCAAUCGCUCCGCCCCAUCUCCUUUGGACCUUUACCCCCGCCCAAUGGCCCCAACAGCACAUAGCCACCACAACGAACCCUCACACUCCCAAAGAGACAGCAACCUCCCUGCUUCCUCCGCAGCUUCUGCCUCCAUCACCUCUUUGUCUCAGGCCAGGAAGCCUGACCGGACCACAACACCCAUCUCCAAACCUCCCAUGCCCUUCCCCCCAGUUAAAGUCAAAGAGGAGCGGAAAGAGGAGCCGGAGCACAUCCCCAUAUCCUUGCCUCCCCCAGCGCCCAACCACAGCUUUGACCGGCCCAACAGUCAUCCACACCACCAUAGAUCUGGUACCCCUUCCUCCUCUUUAUCACUGACUCCCACUCCUGGUGUUCCCCUCCCACCACCCACUCCAAACCCUCCUUCCCACCAACACCUUUCCCUGCUGGACCGCUCAAGAGCCAUUGAAGCGUACCUAGGAAGCACGGCAGGAGCUGCAGGGCUGGUGAUGGGUUCAGGAGAACGUUUUACCCAUGGUCCACCCCAAGGACCAUCACAGGGCCCUCAUAGCUUCACCUGGGACCCCUGGAGGGAGCUGGCAGCUCAGCAGCAACAUCACCAUCGUAGGGAGGCUUUGGCACUUAGGUCAGACCCUCAUCUAGCCCUGCGAUCCGAUCCACAUCUGGCCCGGCUGCUCCAGCAUCAGCGUCUUCUGGAAGCAGAGAGGGUUGCGGCUGUAGCAGCUGCAGCAGCAGCAGCGGCCGCCCCUCACCACCCUCCGUCUUCUACCUCUUCUGCCCCCACCUCUGCUGUCCGCCAGGAGUUCGGCCUAAUGGCCCAUCAUUUUGACCGCCCUCAUCAGCUCGGACCCCCAGGAGGAGGACUGAUGGAUGAGGAGCAGCGUGCCCAGAUCCUGAGGGAAGACUUUGAGCGGGCUCGCUUCUUUGGAAUGCACCCACACCUCCCCGCUGGCUCUCACCUCUCAAGCCCCUCUCAUGCUGCUACUGCCGCUCACCUGGAGCAGCUCCACCCUGGCCUUCUCUCCCACCAGCUUCCCCCAGGAGCCUCUGCUGCUUCUCAGCACCAUGCGGGCCUCUACUCCCGUCUAGCUCCACUAAACCCACACCACAUGUCCAACGGCCUCCUGGCAAAGACCCCUGCAGGCUUGCUGCCAGUAGGGGCACCGCCUCCACUCAUUCCGUCCAUCACCAGCCGAUCGUCCACACCUCCCCGCAGACUUGGAGGGCAAGGGGAGCUGGCACUGUACAGUGCCCACAAAGAUGGAGAGUCCAGAUAGUACAGGGACAACACUGGAGGAGAUUCAGGGACAUGUCAGGAUCACUGUGCUGCUCUCAACCUGCCCCCUUUUCCUCUUGCAGACUACUAAACCCUGCCCUCCCAGUUACACAACCGAACCAGCUGCAGUCCCCCACCAGAGAGGGGUAACAAAACUGGCUGGAGGUGAUGGUAGGGAGGGAAAUGCAAGACUCAUCAGUGUGAUUUGGAAUAUGCCCAAUGGUUCUAUCAGUGCAAUUUAAAGGUACAUGGUUUCUGUGCAUCCUUGGUGUAUUUUUAUUUUAUACUGGCUGUUGGUUAUUACAGUACUCACUUUCGAAAGCUGUAAGAAGAGGCAGAGGACAGCUUUUUUCAUUUGUCAGGUGAAUUAAGAUCCAUGCUUUUAAAAGCAAGCCUUUUCCGGCUGGAUUGGAAAUGACUUCCAGAGGGAUGUGCGCUUUGAGAACAAGUCAAGGGUUCAUCCUCAGCUUGGUUAACUCAUGGGAUAUUGUAAAGCCCUCCUCUACAUAAAUCAAGCCUGAUAUUGGGUAUUGUGGAUGAGGGUUUUUAGAAAUACAGUCGUAAAGUGGUGCUUUCUGUUCUGUCUUUGUGUCUUUUUGUCAUUGUGAAAAGACAGAUUACUGAUGAGACCAUUUAAUGAAGAUCAGUAAGCAUCGUACCUCAGUUUCCUGCUUUACCCAAAAAUCUAACCCCAAACCCUCAGCUUCACUGAUAAUGAGAUUCAACCUUUUUUGGCUUGUUUUUUGUUUUCAAAGGAUGAAUGGCAAAAUGAACUGUGCUACACUGUGUGAGUGAACACAGUAUUUUAGAGCUUCCUGUAACUGUUUCCCAGUCUCCUCUUGACUAUACGAGCAGGACCAGAUUAUAGUAGUCUAGAGAAAUUGCCUUUGUAAUUAUUAUUCUUAACAUUAAUUAUCUUCUAUAAUAAUAAAUAUAUUCACUGUUAUGUUAUUUGUCAUUGUUUCGGGUAUCAACCAGUACUCUCUCCCCAGGUAGUAAUAUGUUUCAAAUCAUGCAAAAGACAAAGCAGAAGGCUUGCUUCACAGAAAACUUUUUAAUGCUUGUGAACAUUAAGCCUUAUCGAUUGCAACCUCUGGCCUCUUCAAGGAUCUCAUCUGUGACUUUAUUAUGCUGAGAGGGAGGUUUGCCUGUGUGUCACUGGUUGUGUGCUAUAUCCAUUUGGGACUAUGGGAGCCUUGUACAUUGAACUGUCGAGUUGUUUCAUCAACAAAAAUAAGUUAUAUACAUGGAUAAGUGGGACAUCUGCUGAAGAACUGAAAAAAAAAAUAAAAGGACUUGUGUCAAAAGACAACUAGACAGUGGGUAUCCUGAGAGGGAAAAGACUGGGUCGAUUAUUUUAAUAUGACCAUUUUAUACCUUUCAAACCCCUCCCCUAGAGACCACAAAGAUUAAUUAUUAAAUGAAUUGUUGUUUA